GUGAGUCGUGCAACAACCGUGGCCGCGAGCGUACGCGUCCAGUGCCCCGCAUAUACUAGAUUCACUCCAGUCUAAAAGUGUGUUUUAUUUGCUAUCCAGUCAGUACAAGUGGCGACGAGGAUAAAAGCUGCCCCAAAAUGACUCAUGCAUCAUCGGUACUUCCGAACUUAGACCAUUUUGACUGCGAAGGCGACCCAACAUCUGUUGGCACUCGCUGGGAGAAAUGGAAGAGGGCAUUUGAAAUUUAUUUACUGGCUGCCAAUGUCGAUACUCCAGUACAGAAACGUGCUACUCUUCUCCAUGUUGGAGGAAUAGCACUUCAAGAAGUUUAUUAUAACCUUCCUGGAGCUCACGCCGAAGUAGCAGAAGGUGUCGAUGUCUAUGCAAUAGCUCUAAAAAAAUUGGACGGUUAUUUUGCUCCAAAGCAAAGUCGGAUUUACGAAAGGUACCUUUUUCGUCUUAUGAAACAGGAGGAUGGAGAACAAUUUGAACGAUUUUUACUAAGGUUAAGAAACCAAGCCGACAAAUGUCAAUUCCAUAACAAAGAGGAGCAUAUUAUCGAUCAAAUCACUGAAAAGUGUCGAUUAGUCGAAUUAAGAAAAAAAAUUUUAGAAUGCGGCGAUACAAUUACUCUAGACGAAAUCAUUAGUAAAGCAAAUGCAUUGGAGGUUGUAACUCGACAACUAGAACAAUUUAAAACAAUAAAUACGAAAGAUGGAAACAAUUUUAACAAAGCAGAAAUUAAUGAAAUUAAUAACAAGAAAAGAUAUAAUAAAUAUUUACAAAAACAAUCAUCAAACACAAAAUGUUCUAGAUGUGGAAGCUCUUCCCAUUUUUCUAAUGACACAAAAUGUCCAGCAAAAGAUAAAAGAUGUGUAAAGUGUGGUUUCAUCGGUCAUUUCCAUGAACAUUGUAGGACCCGACAGAAAAGAAAAUUUUCAAACAGCAAGACAGAGACGACACACAAAAAACCAAGACUAGGAACCAAAAAAGACGCUGAUAGAACUGAAAUUGACUACAUUUUCAACCUGGAUGAAGAAGGAAAUACAAAAAGUAAGGCAGAUGAAGUAGAAGAGAAGGAAAUAGAUAAGUCCCGAAUUGAGUAUAUUUUCCAUCUAGAUGAAGACGAAACUAUUAAGUGCAAUUUAGGGGGAGUUAGCGUUGACAUGUUAAUAGAUUCAGGAAGUAAAUGCAAUGUUGUUACUGACAAAACAUGGCAAUUCUUAAAAGAUAACAGCGUAAAAAUUUCUAAUCAAGUACGCAAACCUAAUAAGACACUUAUUUCCUACGGCAGUAAAGAACCCUUGGACAUUAUGGGCUCUUUUGAAGCGGACAUUUCAGUGGGUAGUCAUAAUAGUAUAAAAUGCACUGUUUAUGUCAUCAGAAACGGUACACGUGAUCUAUUGGGCAAAGAAACUGCGAUUCAAUUAGGCAUACUUAAAAUUGGACUUCAAAUUAAUGCUGUUAGCAAUGAUGUACCUUUAGAAAAAGCUUUUCCGAAGUUCAAAGGAGUGACUGUCCAGAUUCCAAUAGACCAAAAAGUUAAACCAGUCAUUCAACCAUACAGAAGGGUUCCCAUCCCUUUAGAAGAAAAGGUUGCUAGGAAAUUAAAGGAACUUAAAGAAACAGAUAUCAUCGAGGAAGUAAAUGAACCUUCACCGUGGGUAUCACCGAUGGUUCCAGUUCUCAAAGAAGGACAAGAAGAGGCAAAUCACCCUCGGAACUAUUUUAUAAAAGACAAUUUAGAGACAAGAUUCCGGCAGCACCAGAUAUGGAAUACAAAACAAUAGAUGAAGAAGUGAGAGACAGAGAUCUACAAAUGAAAGAAAAAGGAAAAGAGUAUGGGGAUCUUAAAAGGAAAGCGACAGAUAGCAACUGCGAAAUAGGGGAAAAAGUAUUGGUAAAAAAUGUAAUUAAAAAUAAUAAGUUGACCUCCAAUUUCAAUCCUACUACCCAUACAAUAACGGAUGUGAAUGGUGGCGAUAUUAGUAUUCGAAAUGAUGAAACCGGGAAAGAAUAUCGGCGUAACAUAGUGCACUUAAAGAAAGUAAAUGAUUCAUGGACUGUAGUUGGUCAAAAUAAUAAUAAUGAUGAUUUAGAGAGCAAUGACUGUCAAGGGUCAUUAAAUUGAACUUAUGAUAUUGUUAACUAGGCUAUUAUGAUUGUUAUACCAAUUUAAAAUGAAGUAAAAUCGAGUUUGUUUUGUUUAUUUACAGAGAUUAUGUAAUAAUGAUACUUAUAUUAUUAGACUAGUUGUUAUAAAAAAUUAAGUUGUAAGGUUAAUGAACUCUGAUUGUGAUUUUGAAAUUAUGUGUUCAAAUUAAUUAAAAUAAAGAAGGGAUGUAGUGUAUGCGCGGGCGCCCGGCGUGAAGUGAGUCGUGCAACAACCGUGGCCGCGAGCGUACGCGUCCAGUGCCCCGCAUAUACUAGAUUCACUCCAGUCUAAAA